AUGUUCAAGAUAUUUGGUUCCAAGGCACAGACAUUCAAGCCAAAGAAAUCCAUCAAGAAGGGUACUAAGCAUUACGAGCUACAUCAGAAGAUAAAGGAGACAUUGGGAUCUGGCGAUUUAAAGGAGGCUAUUAAGUUGCCUCCAGGCGAGUCUUUGCACGAGUGGCUGGCUGUAAAUACGAUCGACUUCUUCAAUCAAUGCAACUUGUUGUAUGGAUCAAUAACAGAGUUCUGUACGAAUAAGGUUUGUCCGGUGAUGUCUGCAGGUCCACAAUAUGAGUUCCUGUGGGCUGAUGGCAAGGACAUCAAGAAGCCAGUAAGAGUCUCUGCACCAGUCUACGUAGACUAUUUAAUGACAUGGAUACAGGCGACACUCGAAGAUGAGGAGGUAUUCCCAUUGAGACAAGAUGUUGAGAUGCCCAAGAACUUCCUGCCGACUGUAAAGACAAUAUUCAAGCGAUUGUUUAGAGUGUACGCACAUAUAUAUUAUUCACAUAUGGAUAGAGUUGGUCCUCUUGGUGUAGAGGCUCAUUUGAAUACAUGCUUCAAGCACUUCUACCUGUUCAUCAAAGAGUUCAACUUGGUCGAGAAGAAGGAGAUGGCUCCAUUGCAGCACUUGAUAGACAAGAUCAACACCAAAUACGAUUAA